AUGGUCCUCGAAACUUUAGCAGCUGUAGGGCUGGCCGGCAAUAUUUUUCAAUUCAUCGAUUUCACUGGUAAACUAUUCAAUACUGCAGUCAAGAUCUACCAGUCGCAAGAUGGCGCCACGCGCGAGGCUGAGUCCGAUGAAGAUAUCGCAUGGAGUUUGCAGCAGUCUUGCGAAAAGCUGAAUGCGGGUAUCAAUAGUAUUCAAGAGAACAAGCUGGCUACGCAGACAACCCGCACCUCGCUUGUAACCCUGGCCACCAACUGCAAAGCUGCAGCGGAGGAGAUGAUAGUUGCGCUCGAAGCAUUGAAAUCGAAGAAGCCUGGUUCGAAGUGGAAGAGUCUCAAAGCGGCUCUUGCGACGGCAUGGAAAGAGAGCGAUUUAGAAGCAAUGAGGAGGAAAUUGGACACAUAUCGGUCGCAACUCGUACUAGAACUGCAAAUUUUACAAGGGUAUAAGAUCAAGGUUGCGCAACAACAGCUAAAGCUGCAAUUCGAAGCGACAGUAUCCCAGAAAGUCACUACCCCAGUCGUUCCAGAAAAGCCAGAAGUCAUUCAGGCAGCCAUGAGCCAAUCCCCUGAGUUUGUCCCAAUGGUUCAAAAAGAAGCCAUAGACCUGUGCAGCAACAAGGCCGUUCUUAGCAGCCUUAGGUUUGACCAGAUGAGGUUUCGACACUCCAAGAUCCCUCAAGCUCAUCAAAACACCUUCAGCUGGAUGUACUCAAAGUGCUUCGAGCCAUGGCUUGAGAGCUCCGAGAAGGUCUACUGGAUCAGUGGCAAACCUGGUAGUGGUAAAAGUACGCUGGUCAAAUAUCUGGUGGAUAACGAUCAGACUCCCAUCAGUCUGCGUCAAUGGGCAGGGCCAGAUACUCGUCUCGUGAUCACAAGCUACUUCUUCUGGGUCAAUGGAUCCGAAUUACAACGAUCCCAAGAAGGUCUUUUGCGAACCCUUCUGUUCGAGAUUCUACAAGAAUUCCCAGCGCUGAUAAAAUUGGUGGCUCCUGAAGCUUGGAAUGAUGUGCAAACAGCAAUGAUCGGCCGUUCUGCUGACGUUGAAAUUGUCUGGUCUCAAAGGGCACUUCUCGCAGCAUUCGAGCGACUCUCUAAGAUGGGCCAAGUCGCUACUGCUUUCUGCAUGUUCAUCGAUGGCCUGGACGAGUACAGAGGCGACCAAGACGAUCUCAUAAAGACGAUUUCGUUCCUAGAAUGUCUCAAUGUCAAGUUGUGUAUCGCGAGUAGACCCUGGAAUAUUUUCAAAGAUGCGUAUGGCAACAAACCACACUGUCAGCUUCGUCUUGAAGACCUCAACAAGAAGGAUAUUCAGCGCUACGUGCAGGAUCACUUGGGCACACGACAUGAUUUUCAAAAUCUCAGAGACAUGGAUCAUCAGGCGAAUGAGAUACUCGACGAAAUAGUCGAAAAGUCGCAAGGAGUAUUCCUUUGGGUACACCUUGUGGUGCGUUCCUUGGUGGAUGGGCUACGCAAUGCGGAUCGCAUGUCGCAAUUACACGAGCGACUGCACUCGUUGCCCGCUGACUUGGAAGAUUUUUACCGCCACAUAUUCCUGUCCUUAGAUCCGUUCUACAGGAAGCAACUAGCUCAAAUGUUCCAGGUCACUCUUGCGCGAUCCGAUCCGCUGUCGCCUCUGGCCUACUGGUACUUGGACGAGCAAGAAGAUGACCCUUCCGUGGCUCUGGAAAUGCCUUGCCAUCUUUUGUCAACACAGCAAAUUUACGUUAAAAUGCUAGAGGUUCAGAAACGAAUCAACGGACGAAGUAAGGGGAUGCUUGAGAUAACUCCACCAAUCGUCGAAGGAUCUAGCCAAUCCAGAGUUGAUUUUCUACACAGGACAGUCCAGGAUUUUCUCAUGACGACAGACAUGCAGGAAAUUUUGAAAAGCCACCAGGCAAAAGAUUUUGAUGCAGAUCUAGCAAUAUGCGGUGCGCUAUUGGCCGAGUUCAAA